AUAGUGUUACGCGAUGUACCCACUUCCAUUAAGUCUCCUGCUGCUGAUCCUUAGCUUCAGCUUCAGAGUGAGUUCCCUGCAGUUGAGCAAAUGCAAUAAGACCGAGGUGACGUUGAUAAGGGACACGGAGCUCCUGACAUCACUCACCUUGAGCAACUGCAGCCUGUCGCAUCUGGAAAACGCCUUCUUUGUGCGCUUCGACCAUCUGCUUCAUUUGGAGCUGCAACAUAGUGGACUGAGUGCUUUGGAUGUCUUUUCGCUUAAUGGUCUGACCAGGCUGCAAUACCUCUCACUCUCUCACAACAAUCUGAGCACUCUGAGAUCCUGGUCAAGUGAACCCCUGGGAGCCCUCACCAACCUGGACCUAAGUCACAAUAGAUUGAGCAAGUUGAGUGCCAGAAGUUUUGAACCAUAUCCCCAGCUGCAACAACUCGACUUGCGAAACAACCAGAUCAAUGAAAUCGAGGAGGAUUCCUUUUAUGGAUUACCCCAUUUAAAGCAUCUGCACCUGAAUGGAAAUCAACUGCAACACUUAGAUGGCAGCUUCUUUCGGGGACUUCAUCGCCUCUCAAGUCUAUCAGUUCAGCAUAAUCUUAUAGACAGCAUUGAGAUGGAAUCCUUCGAGAGUAAUACCCAUCUUCGAAGCCUACGGUUGGAUCAAAAUCUUCUGAGCAGUCUUCAAUUUCUCAGUCAACGAGGUCUUGCCCGACUGGUUCACUUGAAUCUAUCGAAUAAUCGUGUGCAAAAACUAGAGCCACUUCAAUUCUCUAAAAACUUUGAGCUGCAGGACCUGGACUUGAGUUUCAAUAACUUAACUAAACUUAAUAAGGAGGCUUUAUCGGGCUUGGACUCAUUGGAACGGCUAAAUAUAAGCCAUAACUUUGUGGACACCGUUGAUAAUGAAAGCCUGAACUCCCUUGUCACUCUUCUUCAAAUUGAUGUCAGUUUUAAUCGACUGAUCACAAUACCCAAGAGCUUAUUCGAAAAUAACACCCAGCUGGAGGAGAUUAUACUCGCUAACAACCAAAUUGGAAAGUUAUCCCCUCAGACGUUUCACAAGCAAAAUCAUUUGAGAUACUUAAAGUUGAGUGGAAACGCACUAGGUGAAGCUGAUUUCCUUCAAGGACUGUCUCCGUCCCUCAACAGUAUUUCUCUCUACGUGGAUCUCAGCACGAAUCGCCUUAAGUCGGUCAAUCUAAGCAGUCUUCUCCACUUUCGUUAUCUAAAUCUGGCCAAUAACAACUGGAACUGCGCCUGGUUAGUAGCAAAUUUGGUGCGUAAACUGCCAGCCUCUGUGAAUUUCGCACGACCCUGGACUGUGAUUAAUGAUUGGAGUAAAAAUAUUACCAAUAUUGAGGGAGUGGACUGCUCGGAGGGAGAAAGAAAUCGCUCUAUCAUAUUGCUGGAUGUGAGUACGCUUCCCCAUCAAAAGACAGGCAAUUGUGAAUGUGGGCAAACUUAUGAUCAGAGCAAUCCAUCGCCACCUCCUCUUACCUGGCCCAAGAUACCCACAGAUCGCUUCGACUCGCGAUCGGUGAUCAUCUGGAUGCUGGUGGCUAUUGCAAUUGCCUUCGCAGGACUCCGUUGGUUGCGACGAUUCGUGGAUCGAAAUGAGAAAUCUAAACUCGGGAACAAGCUUAACAAUGUGUACAUCAGCAAAGUUCAGUGGCAGCCCGUCAGAAACGAUCUCGAGAGAUCGUAGCCCUAUCUAAAAAUAAAAUCUCCAUCGUUUUAAUCAACAAAUAUAUUGAGUUCAUUAGGUCUUAAAAUAUAAGAGAAUUGUGUGUUAAUAAUGAUUACAGUGUAAAGUUUGAGAAAUAAAAUAUAGAUUUAAG